AUGUCGUCGGACGAGCGGGAGCAGCUUGCCGAUCGCCUGGCGGCACUCUCGUCGUCGCUGCCGGUUCACAUCGUGGAGUUCUUGAAGAAGCAAUGCGGUGGCGAUGCCGAUCCCCAUGGCGAGUUCGAGAUUAACCUCAACUCCAUGGAAAACUCUGUUUUGUUCGAGUUGAAGAAGCAGUUGGACGAGUUCGCUGAGAAGAGCAAGAGCGAGGUCGUCCAGGUGGAAGAGGAUGAGUACGUCGACAUCUGCGGCGACGUUUCUCCCAUCACGAUCCGGGACGCCUCCCCUUUCGUUUCCCUUGAGAAGGCCGGCGAAACCGGCAACAGCCCGAGCUCAAGCAACGACUCCAGUAGAGGAAGAACAAGGUUGUUUGCCGAAGAGUUCGAGUUAAAGAAGCAGGUAGACACGUUUGCCGAGGAGAGGAAGAACGAGGUCGUUCUGGACCCGGAGGAAGAGGACGAGUAUGUCGACAUCUGUGGUGGUGCCUCCCCUCUCGGGUCCCCUGAGAAGGCCGACGAAUCCAGCAGCAACGACUCCGGCUCAUCUGCGAGUGAUUCAGACUCCGCAAGCAGCUGCAGCUCAGACAGCGAGUCCGACAGCGAGUCCGACAGCGACUCCGACGAGAGUGUCAGCAGCCCGGUUCCACCUUCGGUUGCGCCCAAGAAUAAGGACAGCCCUGCUCAACCACCGGAGCCGGCAUUGGUGGUUAUGCAGAAUACCGAACCAGAGAUGCCCCAUGACGAGAGUGUCGGCAGCCCAGCUCCAAUGGCGGUUCUUCCCGAGGUGAACGGCACCCCUGCGCAGCCACCGCCGGAGCCGGCAUCGGAGGUGGUUCAGAGUACCGAACCGGAGAAGCUCCAGGACCAGCGCGCCGCGCCGGCGCCGAAGGCGCUUGACAUGGCUAGUCUUAUCGCCAAGGCGCGGGAGGCUCUGGAGAUUCGGCGGCAGAAGGGGAAGGGGUGA